AUGAGUGAUACGGCAGCAAUUGAAUUAUUAAAACGAGCAGUUCAACUCGAUGGUGAACAAAAAUAUCCAGAUGCAUUAACUUGUUAUUCCGAAGCUAUACGAAUGUUAUUGAAGGUUGUUAAAGAGAUUCCAAUGAGUGAAGAACGAAAACGAACAGCAUAUCAACAGAAAAUUACUGAAUGUAUGGAUCGUGCUGAAAAAUUAAAAGAAUUUAUUGAACAAAAAAAAGAAGCUUGUGUACCAUCAAACAUUACACUUCGUUGUCCAAAUAAUUAUGUUAUAGUUGUUCGAAGUGCAUCACAUGGUGUUGCACAAAUAUCGAAUACAUGCUCCUAUAAACCUGGAGAUUGCAUUGUUGAUUCAAUGAAUAGUAUUUCAUGUCUAACAGAUUCAACUCAAUGUUUAAUCCAUGCAACAAAAAAACUCCUACCACAAUGUAACGAUCAAUAUAGUAGUUAUUUUCAUAUUGAAUAUGAUUGUAUUCCAAUAUCAAUGGAUGAUACAUCAAAAGAAUAUAAUAUAUGUCAAAAUAGUACUGAAAUAACAAGCGAUCAUGGGAUUAUUCGAAGUCCAGGUUAUCCAACACAAUUUCAAUUAACAUCAUUCGAAUGUUUUCGUUUUAUACAUGUAUCUGAUGAUAAAAUAAUUCGUUUAUGGUUAACUGAUCUUUAUAUUGAUUCAAAUUGUAUAAACGAUCAUGUUUAUGUUGUUGAUAAUGUUCAAACAUAUAAACAUUGUGGUUUACAACGAUAUGCUUAUCCAUAUUUAUGUUCAUCAACUAUUAUUAUUCAAUAUUUAGUUAAAAAUACAUUUAAAGAAUAUAGAGGAAUGAGAAUGUAUUUUGAAAUUGUUAAUCGACCAGUAAAUGAUAAUUGUCCAAAAUUAACAGUAACACCUGUACCAAGUACAACAAUAACUGUUACAACUAUUGAACCAGGUACAACUACAAAUACUCCAAUUUAUGUUUUACUGGGCAUUGCAUCACCUACACGAAGUUUUCAAUUAUGUGCUGGUGAAUCAUAUACUAUUCAAUGUCCAACGAAUUAUGUUAUAGCAGUUAUAACAAAUAUAUUUGGUGUAACAUCAUCCGAUGAAUGUGAAUUACAUGAUGCUUCUAAACAUUGUGUUAUAACGACAAGUCCAAUAUUUUUAUGUGGUCAAACAUGUUUCUAUAUGUAUCCCGGAAAUCAAUUAAUUUCAUCAUGUAAUAAUACAAUAGCUGCUUAUCAAUAUGUUGAAUAUCAAUGUAUACCAAUAAAAACUCCUUUAAUUUCACCAAAUACAUCAUGUUCAAAUAUAAAUAUACAUAUUGAUCGUAAUGGUCAAUUUCAAAGUUAUAAUUAUCCAAAAUUAACAAAUAUGAAUUGUACAUAUCAUUUACAAACAAAACCAGGUUAUAUCAUGCAUAUAUAUGCAUUAGAUAUAAGUUUAAAUAAUUAUAAUCCAAUAUGUCAAUUAAAUAAAAUGUCAUUGUUUGAAACUACUAAAAAUCAAAGUUUAGAUUUUUGUGAACAACGUACAAAUAGUUUAAUUUAUUCAAGUUGUUCAAAUCAACUUGAUUUACAUUACAUGAUUAUGAAUGAUUUACAAGCAUAUUCAUAUGGUAUUAAAUUAUAUAUUGAAAGUCAAGCACAACCAUUUGGCUGGUCUUGUGGUGAAGAAACUGUAACAACAUUAACAAAUCCAACAACCAUUCAAACCACGCCAACACCACCAAAACCAACAUCAAUAACAAGUCUAUCAAUUAUGACUGUACUUGAUCCAAUUGAAUACGAUAUAUGUUAUAAUGAUACAUUUAUUCAUACUUGUCCAUAUGGUUUUACAUUUAUGAUACUUAAUGCUUUUUAUGGAGUUAAAAACCAAUCAUUAAAUAAAUGUGAAUUUAUUCAAAAUGAUUGUACACAAGAAGCAUUGUUGGCAAUAACACAAUGUCAAACGGAUGCGCCGAAUUGUUAUUUAUCAUAUUCAAAUAAACGUCGAUUAGCUCAUUGUUUAGAUAAAUAUGCUGAUUAUUUACAUAUAACAUAUCAAUGUGUACCAAGUUUUCCAAUUAGUUCAACAUCGAACUUAGUUGUGUAUGAUAUAUGUGAUACAAAUAAACAAAUUACAGAUAUUAAUGGUAUUGUUAUAAGUCCAAAUUUUCCUAGUUAUCAACAAACAAAUAAGGAAUGUCAAAGAGAAAUUCUUGGUAUACAUGAUAGAGCAUUAAAAAUCUGGAUAAAUGAAUUGGCUAUAUCGAGUAAUACUCCAGUCAAAUCUGAUAAACCAGAUUUUAUAAUUUAUAAAACAAAUAAUAUUGAACCAACAUUUCGUGAUAUAUGUAUAGAUGAUUAUUUAAUUAUAAAUACACCACAUAUAGCAUAUAUUUAUUGUGGUAUAAGAAAAUUAUCUCUUGAACCUAUUUGUACUACAAGUGUAAUAAUACAAUAUAAAACAACUUCAUCAACAAAUCCUUUUUCAAAAGGUUUUAAAUUUUAUUUUGAAUGGAUUGAAAAACCAAUGGAUAUAUUAUGUAUUGGAAAUCCAUCAACAUAUAAUCCAUUAAUAUCAACAACAACAUCAAUUAAUGAACCAUUACCAAUAUGGGCACAAAAUUUAGAUGUUUCAUAUGUUCUAAGUAAACAAAUUUGUCUUGGUACAACGGAUACAUUACAAUGUCCACGUUCAAAUGAUUACGUAAUUUCUAUAAGAAAUUCAAAUUAUGCUGUAACUGGCACUGGUUUCUGUGAAAUUCCAUCAUUUUCCCAUUGUCUACAAGAAACAUCACUUAGUUUAACAUGUACACAUUCAUGUUUUCUUGAAUAUAUCAUUCCUAAACCAUUACCACAAUGUGAAGAUCAAACUGCUGAUUAUAUUAAAAUUGAAUAUGAAUGUAUACCAACACGAUUACCUAAUCAUGAAAAUCCAAUUGAUAUAUGUGCAUCAACAACAACAGAUACAAUUGCAAUUGAUAAAGGAAUGAUAAUAAGUCCAUAUUAUCCAUCAUUAAGUUCGACACAUAUUUGUCCAAAAACAAUUGAAACAAUACCAAAUAAAUUAUGGAUGAUUUAUAUUGUUGAUCUAUUUUUAGAAGCAGAAGAUGAAUAUGGUGAUUGUAUUCAUGCAUCAUUGGAAAUUUAUGAUGGAAAUGAUAAAAGAAUUAUUUGUGGUUUACAACAACCAGAACUUGUUUUAAUUAGUUGUUCAAAUAUUGUUCAAUUUAAUUUUAUAUCAAAUCAACAAGCACUUGGUUAUCGUGGCUUUAAAAUUUAUUUUAAAACUAUUGAUGUACCUAUAGGAUGGUCAUGUGUACCAAGUGGACUUACAACAACAUCAACGACACAAACAUCUCCUUCAAUAACUUUAUUACCACCAAGUCUUCAAGUCGUUGCUUAUGGUGGUACAACAAUGCAUGGCAGUCGUCACUAUUGUCAAUUUCCAUUUAUUUAUCAAGGAAAACAAUAUACGAAUUGUAUCGCAGAUAAACCACCACAUGCAACGCCCGAUCAAACUGUAUUUGAUCCAUGGUGUUCAUUAACUCAUAAUCAUGAUAUAGAUGAUCAAUGGGGUUUUUGUGAUAUUGGUGUUACAGAUUCAACAAUUUAUAGUAUAUGUCAAAAUCAAUUACAAACAAUUCAAUGUUCACCUGGUUAUGUUAUUGAUAUAUUAACUGCUGAUUAUGCUACUAAACAAGAUGGAACAAUUUCAUGUAAUUACAAUAAAAAUGAUUGUUUUCAAAGUGAUGCAUCAACAAUAGAAAAUUUAUGUUCUGGUAAAACAUCAUGUACAGUAUAUCAUUAUGCUAAAACAUUAGUAUCAUGUCAAAAUCGAUUAUCAACUUAUUUACAUAUUGAUUAUACAUGUGUACCAAAUGAUAUUGAAACUAUUAUGACAUAUGAUAUAUGUCAUAAUGAUUCAAGACCAACGGGUGAUAUUCGUCGUGGUUUUUUAAUUUCACCAAAUUUUCCUAAUGUCAAAAAUAAUAUUAAUUGUAUAUAUGAUUUACAUAUAUUAAAACCACAUCAAGAUAUUUAUCUUUAUAUUAUUGAUAUGGAUUUAGAUGCACCAAAUUUAUUGGGACAAAGUUGUACAAAUGAUCGAUUGAUUAUUCGAGCUGAUAAUAGUGUGACAGAAUGGUGUGGACGAUCUUAUACAAAUCUUUUAUUGAAAACAUGUCAUACAUCUGUAUCGGUACAAUUAAUUCGAGCAUUAGAAGCUAAAGGACGUGGUGUAAAACUUUAUUUUGAAUUUCGUCAACGAUCUCCAAAUGAAAUAUGCGAAGAAAUUAUUACACCUGGUACAACACAGCCAACAUUAACUACUCUACCAACAACAAUACCAUCUCGACCAGAUUAUUUUCCUGAUCCAUCUCCUCAUUUAAUAAAAACUUUAUGUUAUCCUGAUGUAUCCGCUUUAUUUGGUACAAAUAAUUUUCAAUGUCCAUCCGAUUAUAUAAUCGUUAUUCAUCGAGCAUUCUAUGGUAAAGGUACUGGAUGUGUAUAUACACCCGGUGAUUGUACAAAUGAAGCUGAUAAUAUCUAUCGAUUAUGUUCAGGAAAACAAGCAUGUUCAGUAUCAUUUCUAAAUACAUUUUAUUUAUCUGAAUGCGGUCAAACUAUCGCUAAUUAUCUUUUUGUUCAAUAUCAAUGUUUACCAACAUCAACAAUUGUUUCAAAUAUUAAUGAUAUAUGUACAAAUCAAAAUAAUCAAUUAUCUCCAAUUAGUGGUAUAUUACAAAGUACAUUAUAUCCAUCUUAUACACAAACACAAUGUAUAAAUAUUACAUUAAGUCCACCAGAAAAUUCGAAUUUUAUUAUAUAUAUGUAUUUACUUGAUCUUAAUAUUGAUAUACCCGAUGUACAAACAGGUAAUUGUACGAAUGAUUAUCUUUUAUUAUCAUAUCAAUGUAAUAAUAAAUUCUAUGAUAUAUAUUUAUGUGGUAUACAUCAAACGGAACUUUUAUUUGAUACAUGUUUAACAACUGAUAAAAUAUUCAUUUCAUAUAAUUUAACAAAUCAAAAUCCACAAUCUAAACGUGGGUUUUCUCUUCUUUAUCAUCUAUUACCAACAUCAAUUAAAACUACAUUACCAUCAACAACAAUAACAACAACAACAACUUUAUCUACAACAAUGACAACAUCAAUAAGUAGAUCCAGUUCAAUGAGUACAACAACAUUACAAUCAACUGUUACAUUUUCAUCAACGAAUUCAACAGCAAAACAUCCUACUGAAGUAGAUACUUCAACGAAACCUACUAAUCAUAAUCCUAAUAAUAAAUUUUUGAUUAUUGGUAUUAUUACUGGUGUUAUAGUUGUAUUAUUAUGUUUAAUUAUUAUUAUAUAUUAUCGACGUCGUCGUUCACAUUCGAAAACUAUUGACGAAAUGCCAUUGCAAAAUAGACGAAAUACUAGUUUAGAUCAGAAUUUUAUUAUUGUUGAAUCGAUUGAAAAGCGUACUAGUAUUCCUGUAGCAGCGUUGAGAGGUCCUGCAAUAUCAUCAUUUCGUAUUAAAACUUAUCAUGAACAAAUUCAAAUAAAAGAUGGUGCAAUAGGAAAUAGUUAUGAAAAAAUAUUCAGUCGUUUCUUAGAUGAAAAUGUUACAGAAAUAAUUGUUCAAGAUCCAUAUAUACGCGCAUAUCAUCAAAUUACCAAUUUUUUACGUUUUUGUGAAGCUGGUAUUAAAUCACCAGCAAAGAUUAAACAAAUAACUUUAAUUACAAGUACAGAAACGAAUGAACAAACAAAAAAAAUACAAAUUGAACAAUUAAAUGAAUUUAAAGAACAUCUUAGAAAAACACAUUCAAUUGAACUUAUCAUAAAUUAUGUAACUGGAUUACAUGAUCGAGAAAUUAAAUUAAAUAAUGGAUGGAUCAUUAAAAUUGGUCGAGGACUUGAUUUUUAUAAACCUCCAGAAUGUAAAUUAUCCAUUGGAUAUUAUGAUCUUGAUCUUCGUCCAUGUCAUCAAACAACUAUUGAUAUCUUUCAUACUGAAAGAAUUCAAUCAUCAUCAUAA